ACCCAUCCACCCUCUCCAAUGGCGAACACCACCAAUACAUCAACCUUUCUAACCUCCCCAACCCCAACCAAAACCCCUACAGCCGAAAAGCCUACUGUUACCUCCUCCGUAUCCAAAAGGCAGCACCACCAACUAUCCGACCGCAGCACCACCCGAUCGUCGGACUUCAAGACCCGGUUCGAGGCCUACAAUAGGCUCCAGUCCGCCGCCGUUGCCUUCGGCGAGAAACUCCCGAUCCCCGAAAUUGUUGCCCUAGGCGGUCAGUCAGACGGGAAAAGCUCUCUUCUUGAAGCACUCCUCGGGUUCCGGUUCAAUGUCCGGGAAGUGGAGAUGGGGACCCGGCGCCCCCUCAUUCUCCAAAUGGUCCAUGAUCCGACAGCUUUGGAGCCCCGUUGCCGCUUUCAGGAGGAGGAUUCAGAAGAAUAUGGAAAUUCCUUAAGUUCAGCAUCUGCCAUAGCGGAUACCAUUAAGCUUCGUACAGAGGAACUUUUGAAGAAGAACAGAACUGCUGUUUCUUCUAAACCUAUUGUGAUGAGAGCAGAAUAUGCUCACUGUCCCAAUCUCACCAUCAUCGACACCCCGGGCUUUGUUCUCAAGGCAAAAAAGGGUGAACCAGAAAGUACACCGGAUGAGAUUCUAUCAAUGGUGAAGGCACUAGCUAGUCCUCCUCAUCGCAUUCUUUUGUUCCUUCAACAGAGUAGUGUUGAAUGGUGCUCUUCAUUGUGGUUGGAUGCUAUUCGAGAAAUUGAUCCAACUUUUCGAAGGACUGUGAUUGUUGUAUCUAAAUUUGAUAACCGCCUAAAGGAGUUCAGUGACCGUUGGGAAGUUGAUCGCUACCUGAGUGCAAGUGGUUACCUUGGGGAGAAUACUCGACCAUUUUUUGUGGCCUUGCCAAAAGAGAGGAGCUCAGUUUCAAAUGAUGAAUUCCGCAGGCAAAUAUCACAGGUGGAUUCAGAAAUAUUACGCUAUCUACGUGAUGGCGUUAAAGGGGGGUUCAAUGAAGAGAAGUACCAGCCCCACAUUGGUUUUGGUUGUCUCAGAGACUUUUUGGAAUCUGAACUCCAAAAGAGAUACAAAGAAGCUGCACCAGCUACACUGGCUUUGCUUGAACAACGCUGCAGUGAAGUCACUGCUGAAUUAGCAAGAAUGGAUUCCAAAAUACAAGCCACUUCUGAUGUUGCUCAUCUUCGGAGAUCUGCCAUGUUGCAUGCUGCUUCUAUAUGCAGCCAUGUGGGAGCACUUAUUGAUGGAGCAGCAGAUCCUGACCCUGAGCUAUGGGGGAAAACAACGGAGGAGGAACGUUCAGAGAGUAGCAUUGGUUGUUGGCCUGGUGUUGUAGCUGAUGUAAAACCCCCCAAUGCUACUUUACGCCUGUAUGGAGGUGCUGCUUUUGAGAGGGUGGUGCAUGAAUUUCGAUGUGCUACAUAUUCCAUUGAAUGCCCCACUGUAUCUAGGGAAAAGGUAGCAAACAUAUUACUUGCUCAUGCUGGUAGAGGUGGAAGUAGAGGAGUUGCAGAGGCAGCUGCAGAGAUUGCACGUGCUGCUGCACGAUCAUGGCUAGCUCCUCUUCUUGACACAGCAUGUGAUCGGCUUGCUUUUGUUUUGAGCAAGCUUUUUGAUCUCGCUAUUGAGAGAAAUCACCAUCGUGACACUGAAUAUGGCGUGAAAGCUGGUGAAAUGGAUGGAUAUGUCGGUUUUCAUGCUGCUUUGAGGCACUCAUACAAUCGUUUUGUACAUGAUCUUGCCAAACAGUGCAAGCAAUUGGUUAGACACCAUCUCGAUUCAGUUACAAGCCCAUACUCUCAAGUCUGCUAUGAGAAUGACUUCUUUGGGAAUUCUAGAUCAGGCAUAAAUUCAAUCUGCCAAUUUAACCAAGUUUCAGCCGGUUCUUUUUUCCUUGAGCUAUCUGAUGCCGCACCUUCAUUGCGCAACUCACUUGCAAAGGAUCAAGAAAACGUACCACCAGAAAAGAACGCACAGGAAACCCCACCAGGAAAAAGUGACGAAGCUAGAGAAGCUCUUCGAGAAUGCCAGAUGACUGUGCCCGAGACCCCAUCACCUGACCAGCCAUGUGAAGUUUUUGCAGUGAAAAAGGAGCUUGGAAACUGCAUUGAGAUUGGAGCAAGGAAACGCCAUUCAAGAAUAGCAGGCAACAACAGAAAUUGUGACCAAUUGAGAGGCCAUAAGAAUGAUAGCCUUUUGUUUGGCAAUGGAGAUACAGUUUCAAAAUCAGGCUCAACCUAUUCAGAUAUAUGCUCAUCUGCUGCACUGCAUUUUGCUCGAAUGCGAGAAGUUCUGGUAGAGCGUAGUGUGACAUCAACUUUAAAUUCGAGCUUCUUGACUCCCUGUCGGGAUAGGCUUGUGGUAGCACUUGGAGUAGAAUUAUUUGCGGUGAAUGAUGACAAGUUUAUGGACAUGUUUGUUGCUCCAGGAGCAAUUGAUGUACUUCAGAAUGAAAGAGAAUCUCUUCAGAAACGUCAGAAAAUACUCCAUUCUUGUUUGAAUGAAUUCAAAAGUGUGGCCAGAGCACUUUGACAGAAAUGCCAAAAUUGCAUCAUGGAGUUCGGUGUGGUUUUUGGUCAGUGUCGAUUUUAUAUUAUUGUUCUCUGAAACACCAUUAUUUGAGUUGGAGAUUUGCCAUUGCUUAUGGCGACUGACUGGCGGUUGUCCAUAGAAUAAUCUUCUCUCUGCCGGAAGUGUCAAAUGCUCAAGAAAUUGCACUUCGGAUGUGAUAGGAUGAAUUGAUGGACAUAAGA